AUGGACCACGCUCCGUUUGCGCGUUGGCUCACCUGGUGUCAGGAUGCGUAUCGAUCAUGUGCCUAUCCUGUGCAUGUGCCAGCUGAGCAACCUCUACUUGGAGAGGAGACGAAGGAGGAUAUGAUUGCUCGUCAGAGAGUGGAGCAGUGGAAAGAAGACUUGCUUCGAACGAGUCCCAUGGUUCGAUUCAUGGUAAAGCAGCUUACCAUGCUGCGCUGUGACCCUGUGUCACCUCGUGAGAAUGAAGGAAAAUUAGGCAAGGAUACACUCCCUCCGAAACUACUGAUCGCUUCCUGUCCGCCAGACAUUGCUGGUGGCUUUUCGCCGUCAGCGCCUGGCCGACCACCUUCAGAAGCUGGUGUACUUUUGUGUGCGAACCGCAUAUACAGCAAGUCACACUUGGAGGAUACCCUAGCUCAUGAAAUGAUCCAUUGGUGGGACCAUUGUCGAUUCCAAGUUGACUGGAAUAACCUGCGCCAUCAUGCUUGCAGCGAAAUUCGUGCUGCUUCCCUUUCAGGAGACUGUCGUUGGAUGCGCGAAGUCAACCGCCGACAUUUUGCUUUUUCGAAGCAGCAUCAGGAAUGCGCAAAGCGACGAGCCAUUCUCUCUGUGCGUGCCAACCCAGCGUGCAAAGAUGAUGAGACAGCCACUCGUGUAGUGGAAGAAGUAUGGGAAAGCUGCUUCUAUGAUACCCGGCCCUUUGAUGAAAUUUACUAG